AUGCCCGGGGUGGGUGUCAUAUCCAUGGACAACUACAACGACGCCAGCAAAGUUGUGGAUGACAACUUUGAUGAUCCACGAUUGACCGACUACGACCUCCUGUUGGAGAAUAUGCAGCAAUUGAGAAGUGGCAAGACAGCCCAGGUGCCCAUCUAUGACUUCAAGGAAAGCAAGCGUGUUGGCUACAUGGAAGUUGAGGUGCCAACAUCCCGGAUCGUGAUAGUUGAAGGCAUUUAUGCGCUGAGUGAGCGGCUUCGGGGGCACCUCGACCUCAGGGUUUCAAUCACUGGAGGUGUCCACUUCGACCUGAUCAAGAGGGUCCUGAGAGACUUGGAUAGGUCAGGGCAGGCCCCAGAGGAAAUUAUCCAACAGAUUUCAGACACUGUAUACCCAAUGUACAAGGCUUUCAUUGAGCCUGACCUUGAGACGGCACAUUUGAAGAUCCACAACACAUUCAACCCCUUCUCAGGAUUCAUGAAUGCGACAUACAUCCUCAAAUCUGACAAGCCGAUUACCAUCGAGCAGUCGCAUAUGGUGCUGAAGGGUGCCAUCAAACGGAGCCCAGAAUCGGAACUUGUGGACAUAUAUCUCCUGCCCCCAGGUGAAGACCCUGACACCUGCAGCAGCUGGCUGAGGAUGCGAAACCGAGAUGGGCGGUACAGUCUCCUGUUUGAGGAAUGGGUGACGGAUGGACCUUACCUUAUAUCUCCCAGAAUAUCCUUUGAGGUCAGUGUCAAGGUCCUUGGUGGACUGAUGGCGCUUGGCUAUGAAAUCGGUACGCUCAUGAAACGAAAGACUGUGAGCCACUCUGAUGACGACAUCACAGUCAAACUUGACACCAUUGAAAAACUGGGAACCUUCGUCCAAGUGCAGGGCAAGGAUAGGGCGAAGGUUGCCCAAGCUGGCAGGGACCUUGGCUUGGAAGGAAGCUACAUCGCCAGGUCAUACAUUGAACAGGUUCAACUUGAAAAGCUGACAUCUGAAUUGAGGGAUGCAGUCAACUUGCGCGAACACCUGGGAGACCAUUUGUUCUCUGGGAGCCCAGUACUUUUGCAGGAGUUCCCAGCAUCGCUGCCCGCAAGGCUCAGAACAACUUUCUCGACACCCCCAGUGGCAAUCGAGAGAACAACAUCUUUGGAUCCUUCCUGCAUGGCUGGGGGCACCUCGAGGCUGUCGUCAGGCACAGGGGACGGGCUCUUGAGCCAGAGGAUAAGGGCCAGCCCUGAAGUGACGGACGGCUACCCUCACAAUGGCGUGCAUCCCUCACCCUGGCCCAGUGGGUCCCUGAGCACGAAAGAUGAGUUGGUGCACAUCAUGCGCCAAGUCUCGGACCGCCUCAACACGAUCGCCGAGAGCGUGUCCGCCCCGGGCCCCAGCGGCAUGGCAACCCAGGUGGAGAUGCUGCAGCGCGAGUGCAGCCAAAUGCGUCAGUCUGUCGCCUGCCUGUCCAAGGCAGUGGACAGCCUGUCAAAGCAGGUGGAGUCCCUCAACGGUGGCCUCCAUUACGACCCACCAUUCCCCAGCUUCGGCUACAUCUUGCCGCCGUUGCUGGGUGUCGCGGGCUUUGGCGUGUUGCUUGGGUGGGUGGCGCUGAAGAGCGGGUGA